AUGACCGGCUCUAUCGCUCCCACAGGCGCGGCCAACAAAGAUACAUCAACGAUCCAGUCCGGAUCAGGCUCCGGCGGCUCAGGAGGACUUAAUCUCCCAGGGCCAGCGCCCCUGACGACCGAGGAGAAGAAAACCGAGAACCUGGCGAGAGUUGCUCGCAAUCUCCUUUUGCAGCAGCGCAGAGAUGCGCAGGAGACUAACGUUCCCGCUGACGAACCCCUUCUCCACAUUAUCUCCCGUCCUUCCACUCCCACCCCUACGUUACCUCCCACACCCUUUUCAUCGGCUAAUAAUUGUGUUGGUCUCCUUUCCGCAUUCUCUCAAUUCUCCCCCGGUUCCCAGAAAAAAGUCCAAACCCUGAUUAACUCCUCGCUACCUUUACCUACUAAUGCAUUUCCCGAUUCCGUCCCGAAAUUACUUUUUUCUGUUGAACGCGAGCGCCCGUCCUCUUCCACUUCCCAUACUCAGAGCUUCGGAAUACAUCCCUUCAUUCUUAACCUCGGACAGAACGGAGUACACAUUCCUUUAUCAUUAUUCACCACUUCUGCUACAAAUAAAUUACAUAAUCAUGCCACCUCCAUCAAGCAGAACAUCGUUUAUAAUUCUAGCGGCGCGAAAUGUCAUCUGAUGGACCUCACACAAUUCCAAGCGGAAUCGGAGAUGGAUGUUGCGGACUGGCACGAAGCCUGGAACCGUUACAAUCCAUUCCUCCGCACACACGCAGACAAGGCAGUGGCGCAGCGAUGGGAAGAUCACUACCAUUUCCUGUCGAAACAGGAUGACUUCAAACGCGACUUCCGCGCCAUUCUGACCUUCGACAUCGAACAGCGGACACGUUAUUCCAUCUCCCCCGAAGCGCACAACGAGGAUGCGCGCCACGCACACAGUCCUCCGGGCCUGACAGGAAUGCCAGCAGAGGCGGUCGGGCAUUCGAGCCUUAUGAUCGAGACGCCCGUCGCAACCCUCGCAACACCUCCACGGAGAAGCCUCCCUUUCGAGACGGCAAGGGAGCUGACUCCGGGUCCACUCCCCUCUGCCUCUGCUGCCGCCGGCCCGGACACAAAUUCUCUCAAUGCACGGAAACGUCAACGGCGCAAGGCGUCGAAACACUCUCGCGAUACCUCAAUAACAAGCUCGUCCUACGAUCCAACUCCUCCCCUCUCUGCAUUACUUUCCAGCUCAACUCCCCCAAACGCGUUUGCAAGCAGCAUCACCCAGAACAACACAUCUGCUCCUUUUGCGGCUCCUCCGAGCAUGGGGCCUGUGCGAGAAAGUGUACGUAACGAGGGCGAUGCCCACCUCCUUCUUGGUGCUCAGUCACGAUUUCUUGAUGACUUCGAAGAAUGGCAUCCUUCUCCCAUUUUCUCUGCUCCCGAUGAGCUGCACGUCUACUUCGAUGACCUGCGAAUCGAAUCUUCCCCUUUUGAUCAGGAUCCUGAUUUCUCACUCGUUCUUACUCCAUACUCCGCUCCCGCCUUCCAACGCUACCUUGACAACGCCAGCCUCCUUACAAGAUAUCCUGAACUCUGUUUCAAGCUCACAUACGGUUUUCCACUCGGCAACCUCGCCCCAAUCAUCGAAUCUUUCACGCCCAACAACCUGCUCAGCGCGAACGUACACACCGAGGUCAUUCGUGAAUACAUCUCGGAAGAACUCGCACUCGGCCGUUUCACCGGUCCCUUCACGCGGGCACAGCUGGAAGCAAAAAUCGGACCCUUUCGAUCGUCUCCCCUCCAAGUUGCUACCAAAGUUGGGGCAUGUGGCGAGCCAGACAAGUUUCGGAUCUGUCGUCACCUCUCAUACAAGGGCACUCUCGGUCAAUCCGUCAAUGACGAGAUUAAUGCCAAGGACUAUCCUACACGAUGGGGCAAAGCCACAGAUGUAGCGAAAAUCAUCUCCACUGCACCGCUCGGCACACAAGUUGCCACAUUAGACAUUGCGGGCGCAUAUCGCACGGUUCCGGUGAAGCCGGACCAUAAACGAUUUCUCGUCGUACUCUUUCUCGGCUUUUUCUAUAUGGAUCACAACGUGCCAUUUGGGCUCGCUUCGGCAUCAGGUCUCCAAGGCGAGAUCGCUGAUGCCACAGUGGACAUCUGGGAAUCCGUUGCAGUAUCUCCCAUUGUCAAAUGGGUCGACGAUUUCGCUCUCUUUCGCUUCCCAAAUGAGAUCGGGCCCUUCACAGAGAACGGUUUUCAUUAUCUCUACGAUCUCACCCAUGCGAAAGAGCUAAUCGCACCCCUAUGCAUUCCCUGGCACUCCACCAAAGGUCAGGAGUUUGCAGACUCCUUCGAUUACGUCGGAUUCCAUUGGGAUAUCGUGCAGCGCACUGUCUCACUCUCUGAGCGCAAACGACAAAAAUACUCUACUCACCUACUUCUCUUCCUCCAGACGUACGAGAACUCCCAAGUACCGAAGAAGGAAGCUGAACGUAUCAUCGGCAAACUCUCCCACAUCACCUUUGUACACUCACACGGCCGCUCAUACAUGAGCAAUUUAUACGCCUGGCUCCGCACCUUCCACAAUGAUUUCGUACCACGCUACAUGCGUUCCUCGGUCAUCUCAGACCUCAAGUGGUGGUCAACCCAACUCUCCAUUCCCUCUGCACCACGCUCACUUGCCCCCCGUGGACCCACGCGAGACUACGGGAUCUGGGUCGACGCGUCCACCAGCACGGGCUUAGGCAUUAUAUGGAAUGGCUACUGGGCCGCCUGGCGUGUCGUCGAUGGUUGGAAGGUACCCGGACGGGACAUCGGCUGGCUCGAGGGUGUCGCAGCCGAAGUGGCCAUCCUCAUCGCACGUGAGCUAGGUAUCCGGGACGCGGACAUCCUCAUUCGGAGCGACAAUGAGGGCGUCAUCGGUGCCUUCGAGAAGGGUCGUUCCAACAAUGUGGAGACGAACCUCUGCAUUCGUCGUUCUGAAGAAGUCUUCCGUGUCACUGGCCUAUCAGCAUCUCUCAUAUAUCCCCCCUCUUCUCCCAUGAAUGAUUCCUCUCCCAUUGCCCGCCUCCUGCAAGAUGUCGACAUCGACGCGGAGGCAGCUGCCUUUUUCUCACAGGUCAAUAGCGAUGUCCGGCACGUUGCCACUCUCCCACCGCCCGGGGGACGCAUACGCAUUCCCCGUCGUCCAUCCUCUCUGAACCGUAUCACCCCCUCCUCGCAUCGCCCUCUCGUUCUCGCCAGUGAUCGGGUCCUACUCUGGACCACCCCUCAUUCACACUCCUUCCAACGAUCUCUCGAUAGCCUCCUCCCCUCCACUGCAGUGCUCAAACUCUUCCAAGUCAUGCUAUGCUCACUCGACGAAUCCACACGUGGCAAUUACGGAGCGGGUCUCCUACGCUUCACUCAGUACUGUGACCAACAUCGCAUUCCAGAACUUCAGCGCAUGCCGGCCUCCGAAUCGCUCCUUUCCGCAUUCGCAGCAUCUGCCGCCGGUGCGAUCUCAGACAACACCCUCUCCAACUGGCUUGCGGGUCUCCACUUCUGGCACACCGUCAACGGUGCGGUAUGGCACGGACAUGACAUGCUGCGUCACGUUCGAUGCGGCGUCGCGAAAUUGGUUCCGCCCGACUCGAAGCGGGCCAAGCGUCCUCCGGUCACCAUUGAAGCGAUGGUGAUCCUCAAAGAUGGCCUUGACCUCUCGAACGCGUUCGACGCGGCUGUCUGGGCCCUCGCGAGCAUCGCCUUCUGGUGCUGUUGUCGUUUAGGGGAAUUGGUCAUUCCGAGCACCAAUCUCUUUGAUCCACUCAAACAUGUCUCGCGCUCCGUGCUCCCCAUCGCAUUCGGUCGUCUGGCCAAUGGAGCUGAGUUCGCCACCUUUCACAUCCCGUGGACCAAGACGACGUUGCAGGAGGGCGCCGACAUCUCGAUCACAGCGCGCAUUCACUCUACAUGCCCGCUCGCGGCGCUCCGCCAUCACCUCUCUUGCAACAUCGACAUCCCCACCUCCGCUCCCCUCUUCGCAUUCGAGACCGCGGCCGGUGGCUGGUCUCCCAUGACCAAGCACUGGUUCAUGCAGCGCUGCAAUACCAUCUGGGUUUCCGCCGGUUUUCCAGACAUGCCGGGCCAUGCCUUCCGUAUCGGGGGCGCCACGGAACUACUCCUGCAGGGCGUCAACCCGGACGUGGUCGCGACACAAGGCCGCUGGAAAUCACAGGCGUUCCUGGAGUAUUGGCGUCGCAUCGAAUCGAUCCUCCCUCUUUUCAUUUCCAAUGCAUCACACUCUUCUCGUGCACUACACAUUGGCUCCGCCAUGGACUCAUUCUCUCGUCGUCACCGUCUCGUUUCGUGUGCUCCUACCUAA